AUGCCCGACCAAAUCGCACCGGGGCACGUGGGCAACCUCACCCCAGAGCAGGAAGAGAAGCUGCGCCAAUUGUGGCAGGCUUUCUUCCAGCUCUGCGGCGUCCUUGACGACAAUGGCUCUACCAGCACGGAGACGACUGCCCGUGGAAAAGCGGAACCGGCUGAAGCAGAGAAGAAGAGGCGCUUCGGUGUCUUUAAGAGGAAGGGAAACGAAAAGUCCGCUGCAGCGAGCGAGGCUGCGGAAGACGACAAAUAUGGCCAGAACAAACACUUUCAAGAGGUUCUUGCGAGCAACAGCCCCGAGGCCAUUCGCGAGACGUUCUGGAGCAUGGUAAAGCACGAUCACCCCGAUGCCCUCGCGUUGCGCUUCCUGCGAGCCCGCAAGUGGGAUGUGGACAAAGCCUUGGUCAUGUUGGUGUCUACCAUGAGCUGGCGACACAGCGACAUGAAGGUGGACAUUGACAUCAUGGCGAAUGGCGAGGAGGGAGCUGUUGUGAAUGCGCGCGAGGGUAAGGAUGAGGCCAAGAAGGUUGGCGAAGACUUCUUGGCGCAGCUCCGUAUGGGCAAGAGUUUCUUGCAUGGUGUCGAUAAGCAGGGCCGACCAAUUUGUGUGGUGAGAGUCCGCCUCCAUCGCCAAGGAGAGCAGUGCGAAGAGAGUUUAGAACGAUAUACCGUCUUCCUAAUUGAGACGGCGAGAAUGGUGUUGAGACCCCCCGUUGAUACAGCAACCAUCAUCUUCGACAUGACUGGAUUUUCCAUGGCAAACAUGGACUAUACUCCCGUCAAGUUCAUGAUUAAGUGCUUCGAAGCCAACUACCCCGAAUCUCUUGGAGCCGUCCUUGUUCAUAACGCACCAUGGAUCUUUCAAGGAAUCUGGAAGAUCAUUCGCGGCUGGCUAGAUCCGGUUGUGGCGGCAAAGGUUCAUUUCACGAAUAAUAAGAAUGAUUUACAAGAAUUCAUCGAACCCUCACACAUACUUAAAGAACUUGGAGGUGACGAAAACUGGGAAUUUCAGUAUGUGGAGCCCGUCGCUGGCGAAAAUGACCUGAUGAAGGAUGGCGAAACCAAGGCACGGCUUCUCGCGGGCAGGGAAAAGCUUGUCAAAGAGUAUGAGGAUGCGACUCUACAGUGGAUACACAAGUCGGAAGGCGGAAACAAAGACAUCAUGUCCAGGAGGGACGGCCUGGCGACACAGCUCAGGGAAGACUACUGGAGACUCGACCCAUAUCUGCGCGCGCGCUCUCUCUACGACAGACAGGGAAUAUUACAGGGUGAUGUUGGGGCGAACUGGUAUGAACCGGCAAAGACAGCGACUGCUGACGGAAAUGGGAAUCUAGACACGUCAAUCAACGAUGUAGAUUAAAGAAACGGCCAUGCACCAAAAUAAUUUUGGAUAGAACGGGGUCCUGCGUAUUCUAUGGAGGAUAGACAUAUAUAAUGUUUUCAUUAUCUGCAUACCUCGCGAAAACCCUACCAUCCUAAUGUCGCCGGCAAGCAGACCUGUGACACAACACAAUGACACUUACAUAUUGGCCUUGAUUCGCUCACACAGCGCUUUAAGCUUUGGCAUAUCCGUAGGAGUCGAAUUCCAGGUAAUGCCAAGGCCCUCUAUCUCAUUGGGCUUCGGAAUC